CUGUUCAGUGUGAUGCAGAAAGUCUGUGGAGUCUACAGUUAUGUGGGGCAGUAGAAACAUCUAGAGCGGCACAGCACUUUCUUUCACAUUUAGCAUGAGACUAGCGGCUACACCUGUUUCUGUGCAGAUGUCGUUUUGCAUACAUGAGUAUUAGAAGUUCAUUCAGCUCAGAAAUGUUUUGUGAUUACAAAUAAAGAUCAGUGUUUUAAUUAUUAACAGUUUCCUGUCACAUGUAUGUACAUUUAUUUCCUUGCUGUAAAGAAAUAAUGAUGAAAUGAAAAUUGUGGCUUUUCUGUAUCUUUGUUGUCCUUACUUACAGCUUAGGUCACACGUAAAAGCUGAACCAGACUAUGUUACUGAAAAAUGCACAACAGAGACACACUUUGGGAAACAAGUUUUUCUUUAUCCAGUGCACUAUUACCUUCUGCUGCUGUUUUACAUGCCAGCACAUCAUAGUUUAAGCACAUAGUGCAUAAAUGGAAUAAGUAAAUGGUUUUGUAGUUUGGGGAUUGGUACCACUGCCCCUGAAUUAUGAUUUUUUUUUAUGAGGACAUCAGUUGAUCUUUAUUUAAAAAAGACAACUGCUUUCCUCAAUGAACCUGAGCUAAGAAAAAAUGCAAUAAUACAAACCAAAUUCCCUUGUGCCAAUCAUAGAAUUUCUAAAUUUUAAAAGAAAGCACGCCCAGUGUUGUCUAAGACAGCUAUCAACGUUAAAUUGAAAUUGAAUAGUAAUAUUUUACCUGUUUAUGCUGUGGAUCAUGAAAUCAAAAUGAUUCAGUGCUUUUAUAAGGUGUUUCGGGUGCACAAAUGCAAAAAUAGGUACUUUUAUACUGUUGUUAGGUGGUUUCCAGGGAUCUGGUGGCAUAUGUGACAUAGAUAAGAACAUUCAUGGAGCUAGGAUCUACCUGUGCGCCAAGUUUUGUUGCUCUCUUUCUGAUUUUGUGGGAGGAGUUGGCGGACAAAGAAACAAACUCGCAGACAGGUAUACUUCAGGUAUUAGAAGAUUUGCCAAUUCACAAAAGCACUAAUUAAAUGAUCCCCUAUGGCAAACACCAGGCCAAAGAUAGAAACCUCCAGCAGAAUUUGGCUCGAGCAGGCGCAGCCAUCAGCCACGACCGAUUGGUGGGUGAGGUUAAAGAAGAGAAAAGAGGAGCACAGAGAGAGAAGACAUCAUUUAAUGACAUGCUGUAAAUGUGUGUGUGUGUGUAGACUAUUUGUUCCCAAAGGUCUCCUCUUUUAGGGUUCCAGAGCCAUUCUAUUAAAACAUCUUUCAAAAAUCCUUGUAGUCAGUAUGAUGAGUGUAAAAGCACAGGAGGAGGUUUACUUAUACUUCUUGCAAUAAAUAAGACAAGGCGCACUUUGUUAAAACAUAUCUGACAAAUAACCUACCUGUGCAUGUGUGUUUCUGUCUGUAGAUGCUAGGAUGGUGUCUCCUGCUAUCGCUCUGGCCUUCCUUCCACUCCUGCUGACGCUGAUUAUCAGGUACCGUUACUUCUUUGUGCUGUUCUAUCGGGCAGUCCUCAUCAGGAUGUGGAAGGACUGCGUUACUGGUCUGAGCCGAGAGGAGCGUGCCUUUCAGUACGUCCUCACUCAUGCCACCCCCGGAGACCCUGACAGCAUCCUGGACACCUUUGAUGUCUGGUGCAGCAAGGUGGAGUUCAUCAGCAACAUUGGACCUAAAAAAGGGAAGAUCCUGGACCGGCUGCUGAUGGAGCACAGCCCUCUGACAGUGCUGGAGCUGGGUGCCCACUGUGGAUACAGCACUGUGCGGAUUGCCCGUUCUCUGCCUCUGGGCGCCAGGCUCUACAGCAUCGAGAUGGACCAGAGGAAUGCCGCUAUCGCUGAGAAAGUCAUCCGCCUGGCAGGGUUUGAUGAUGACACGGUGGAGCUCAUUGUCAAUCCAUCUGAUGAAGUGAUCCCUCAGCUGCGCUCUGACUACAAUUUGGAAAGACUGGAUUUUGUCUUCAUGGACCACUGGAAGAAAUGCUACCUCCCUGACCUGCAAAUGCUCGAGGGCUCUGGUCUGCUGGGAAAAGGAUCUAUUAUCCUGGCAGAUAAUGUGCUGUUUCCUGGUGCUCCAAAGUUCCUUAGAUAUAUUCGCAAGAGUGGCCUGUAUGAAUGGAGGAUCCACCGGGCCACGCUAGAGUAUAGUAAGGGCAUCAGGGAUGGGAUGGCUGAGCUGGUGUACCAGGGAAUCAAGUAGAUCAUGACAUCAUGAUAAGAUUUCAUAUUGUUACUCAAACACACACUUCAGAAACAGAAAUGUCCAAAUUCUUAGGGAAAGUUGUGAUGAUUCUCUUCUGUAUUACUUCAUCUAAAGGGGUAUCGUUUCAAUUUCUAGUCUGUGUAAUACAGCUCAACCUGUGAAGAAAUACAUUGCAAAAUAACUUACUAGUGCAUUCUGGGUAAAGAAGGAGCUUGACCUAGUGCCCUACCGAUUUCAAAAGAGAUCAGUUACUGCAACAUUUACCCACAAAAACAAAAAAAGCUAAAUUAAAUCUUAAAACAAAAGGCUGACACUUUGU